CAGGACUUUCUGCUGUGAGUUUUUAUUGAAGCGAGAACUCGACCCAUCGAAGUAUGCACCUUACUUUUUUCCUCGGACAGGGCUGGAAAUCAUGCUUGGAAAGAGCAAAAGCAUCGAGGAUGGAAUGAAGUUUGUUUUUGCUAGUGUUUGGAUUACUUUCUGCGCCUGUUUAGGUGAUGUUCGCUGUCAGGAGGGUAAUGGUUGUGGACACGCGCUGCUGGGAACGGAGUCAGGUACCAUAGCCUCUCCCAACUACCCGGGUACCUAUCCCAGCAACGCCUGGUGUAAAUGGAGGCUGCGUGUGCAGGAGGGCCGGACGCUCCGCCUGCUGUUUGGAGACUUUGACAUCGAGAGCAGCCCAGGCUGCAGAAACGGAUCCAUCGUGAUCACCGGCAAGAGCGGAGAACGGAGACUGGGCCCAGUCUGUGGAAAGCUUAAUGCAACCAUGAACAAUGUGACUCUUGAAACCAACGAAGUGACGGUAACGUUCAUGUCUGGCCCUCACCGCUCUGGACGAGGGUUUCUGCUCUCUUACGCAACAGACCAACAUCCAGAUCUGAUUAGUUGUUUACAAAGAGGAUCCCAUUUUAGCUUCCAGCAUUUAAGCGUGUAUUGCCCAGCUGGUUGCAAAAAUGUCCCGGGGGAGAUUUGGGGAAACUCUGAGCAGGGCUACAGAGACACUUCAGUUUUGUGCAAGUCUGCGGUCCACAGUGGAGCUACGUCUGACGCUUUGGGAGGUCGGAUCACUGUGAAUCAGGGGAGAAGUCUCACCCUCUAUGAAUCCACCUUCGCCAAUGGAGUCCUCUCUAAAACGGGGUCAUUAUCUGAUAAGAAGCUGCUGUUUAGCAAAGAAUGUAGCAACAUCCUGGCUGUAUCUGCUCUAAAUGCAUCGUCUUUCUGGGACAAAAACAGUCAAGAGCACACAGUGUUCUCAGCCUCCAGAAACACAGAGUCCAGCCACGACUUCCUGCUCUGGACAGCAGACCACAGGGAUCCCAACCCGUGGGUGGAGAUUGAACUGUCUGAAAGGAGCACUGUGACGGGAUUAGUGACAACAGGAUCAUCUGUGAGCUACAUGGAAUCUUACAGUCUGCAAUUCAGCAAGGACAGAAAGAGCUGGAAGACUUACAAAGAUGCUAUGAGCAAAGAAAAAAAGGUGUUUCAGGCAUACACAGACGGCCACCUCAGGGUGCUCAACAGCUUGUUUCCUGCUAUCGUUGCUCGAUUUGUUCGACUUCAGCCCCUGAGCUGGCACACCAGAGCUUCUGCUCGGGUUCAGCUCUUAGGCUGCCCUGCAGUCAAGGUCACACCGAGGUCACGGCCUCCCGGAGCAGAGUCUCCAUCCAUCAAGUUUAACAUGGAUACUCUGAACCCUAGCCCCUCACCCACUCCCACUGAGAAAGCCCUGUCUGUGGAAACAACACUAACCCACAGUCAGCCAGUGAUCAUAGCAGUGGGAGUGGUCCUGGGACUGGUGAUGUGUGGCAGCUGUCUAUUGGCUAGGAUCUGGUGGAAGCGAAGGAAAAAAGACUCUGUAAUGAAGAACUCCUUGCCCACAGUUGGCUGUCAGGCUUUUAAGGCAAAGAGUCUCCCGUGUCCACAGUCGGAGCUCAUCUCCUACCCACUGGUGCGAAGCGUGCACGACGCUCUGCCGAGCCCCCCUCUGAACGACUAUGCUGCUCCUGCCAUUCCAUCUGUUGGACAGAAGGUCGGUUCCACAUUCAGACCCUCUUCAGAUGAAGGCUACACCACUCCAUUCACCUGCACCCAUUACGACACACCUGGCAACCUUCCAGAGUACGCCGAGCCACUUCCCCCGGAGCCAGAGUACGCCACUCCAUUCAGCGAGCUUCCCCCUGAGCACAAACCGCCCAGCUUGUCAGGGCUGCUUCACGGCAUUAUGCACAGACCUGCUCAUGUACCCUCCGGUCACAGUCAGUACGACUGCCCCUCACAUAGGGUGCUGUUCAAUGGCUACUGCACCCCUGCUCUGCACGCCAGCGGCCCUCGCCCUGCCAGUGAAGUCUACACAGAGCCCAAGCCAAGUGACUCCUUGGUGCAAAAGCACACUUAUGAGGAGCCCUUGUGAAUGCAGGGAGAUCAGAUGUGGAGGACAGAUCUAUUUGGACCAGAGGAACUCUUAGAUCCUAAGAGGACACUAACCCAGAGCAUGCUCAGCAGGGUGAAAGUGUCAGUGAGAGAUGUUCAAGGACAUCAGGAGUCACUAUAGACCUCCCCACCCCCAUAUUCAUAGGGGUGGACCAGUCAGUACACAAGAUCUGAGAGCCAUGUUGACAAAAUAUUUCCUUACAGGAAGUUAUGGACUUGUACAGUUUUUAUUCCAUAGAAUGCACAAAGAAACUACAGGUUUGAUUGCGUCUGAGACGCAGAGAGUCUACCAAUGAAAUGUUCAAUCACAAGCUGCACUUUUACAGAAAUGUACACAUCCGUCUUUUUAAAAAGGUUAAAGCAAAACAGUGGAUUGAUUGUUACUCGCUCGUAUCGUUCACAACGCUUUGUAGACUCUUGAAGAAACACUGUUAAUGGUACACUGGUUUUUAACUGUGACCACAUAUAACCACUAGGUGGCUCUUGUGAGCUUCAGAUCUCUAAUACUGAACGACAUGUGUAACUUUGUGUCUGGAAAAAUAACAUAUUAAAGUACUUGGGAGUUGUAACACAACAAAGGCACAAAGAUACAGGAUGAAAGUGUGACGAGAAUGAAAAGUUUCACAUACCUACAGUAUGACUUUCAUCAGGGACCUGCAUCAACACAAACACUGUCCUCGAAGUAGGAAGCAGUUCAAGAGGAUGUCAUUAUUAAAACUGUAUACAAAACAAACUAUUUUGGAUUAUUUGCCUUUCAUAUGUGUGUCACAUACGGUAUCUGGCAUACCUCUGUGUCCACUCUUUAAUUUGUAUAAAAAUACAAUAUCUAAUAUUUACUAAAAAGGAAAAAGCAAGAAAUUGCACUUUUUCUAAUCACAUUGAAUUGUAUCCUUUGAAUAUAAAUGGCAGUCUUCUAAAUAAGUCAGCCGUUUCUUGAAUUAGCCUUUACACUUUGGCUUUUAAAAGUUUUGUGUCGAAGCUGCCUCUCACUACAGAAUAAGGCACAAUUAAAAAUGUUAUCAAGAACAA